CGGGCUAUUUUGGGCCCAUGGCCAAGCUUGAUUCAUGAAGUUCUAAAGCUAAUCGGGGCGAUCUAGAUGAUCUCUUUCCAUGCAAGAAUCAUUCCGAAGCACGGAUGCUCCAAUAUUUCACGUCCCUCUUCAAGAAAUGCUCCACCCUCGCGGACGUCAAGCAGAUCCACGCGCGCGCCAUCCGGACCGGCUGGAUCAAGAACAAGAACCUGUUCGUCGUCGGCAAGAUCAUCAACUUCUGCGCGGUUUCCGAGCACGGGGACAUGGGUUACGCGGUCAAGAUCUUCGAGAGCACGAGGAAGCCUGAUGGGUUCCUCUGGAACACGAUGAUCAGGGGCUUCGGCAACUCGGGUCAGCACGGGAGGGCCUUCGAGUACUACGGGAGGAUGCGGGGCGAGGGGAUUGGGGCGGACAAUUUCACGUUCUCGUUCUUGCUCAAGGCCAGUUGGCAUCUGGGGUCUGUUGCUCUGAGCAAGCAGCUGCACUGCAGUACCGUCAAGUGUGGCUUGGACGAGCAUGGUUUCGUGAGGAACAGCCUCGUCCACAUGUAUGGAAUGAUCAAGGAUAUUGAGGCUGCGGUUCAGCUGUUUGAUGAAAUGUCUGAACGGAAUUUAGUGGCGUGGAACGCCAUGCUCGAUUGCCUCGUGUCCUGCGGCCAGUGCAAAGAAGCCCUCGACAUGUUCGCGGAUAUGCUACGAAGUGGCGUAGGACCCGAUGAGGCCACUCUUGUUGUGAUGCUCUCGGCUUGUUCCCGAGUGGGUGCCUUGGACUAUGGGAGGUGGCUCCAUGACUUCAUCAAUCAUACCGGCCUUAGUGAUAUCGUUCCAGUGUGUAAUGCGCUCAUUGAUAUGUAUGCAAAGUGUGGUGCGGUUGGAGAGGCAUAUAUGGUUUUUGCAGAUAUGAGCCGAAAAAACAGAAUAACAUGGAAUACCAUGAUUCUAGGACUCGCGAUGCACGGGCAUUCAAAAGACGCUCUUCAACUCUUUUCGCGGAUGUUAGAGGAUGGAUCCCAAGAGCCGGAUCAUGUCACUUUCUUGGGUGUUCUGUGCGCUUGUAGUCACGGCGGGAUGGUCAAUGAGGGAAGAAGGUACUUCGGAUCCAUGAGAAAAGAUUACCAUAUCGAACCGACAGUUAGGCACUAUGGUUGCAUGGUUGAUAUGUUGGGAAGAGCAGGUUUUCUGGAGGAGGCGUAUGAAUUAAUAAGGGGCAUGCCCAUACGAUGUAAUGCCAUAGUGUGGAGAUCGCUGUUGGGUGCUUGCCGUAUGCACGGCAAUAUUGAACUUGGGGAGAUGGUGAGAAAGAAACUGUUGCACUUGGAACCGGAUCAUAGCAGCGACUAUGUUCAGCUUUCAAGCAUGCACGCAAGUGUUGGUCAGUGGAAUCUAGUGCUGAACGUGAGAAGAAUGAUGAAUGACAGGGAAAUUAAGAAACCUAAGCCAGGUUACAGUUUUGUCGGGGUCGAAGAUCUUAGAGAUGGAGUCGUUUGCAGCAUAUAGAAAUCUAGGUUAUGAAAUGUGAAAUAUACAGAUGGCUCUCCAACUUUGCCAACUUCCCUCGUUUUCUACAAGAAGAUUGGUUGUGUAAAGCUUCAAGAAAUGAAAAUGCAUAGAAAAUUUACAA